AUGAAUGAUGCAGCAUUAAUUCAGGACGACAAGGAGGUUGCAAGAGAGCUGAUGACACAGAUAAAACAGGAUACGAACACGAUCACAUCUGGGCUUGAUGGAACAAUCAGCGGAGUUGGUGUGAAGAGUGGGCAAAAGCUGCUAGUUGCAGAGCAUUUUUCCGAGAUGGGGCUUUCUGAAGAGUUGCUGAAGGCGAUAUAUAGCCAGGGGUUUGAGAAGCCGAGCCUGAUACAGAAGUCUGCGAUUCCGCACAUUCUCAGUAAGCAUAACAUUGUUGUACAGAGCAAGAGUGGGACUGGAAAGACGAUUGCAUACACAUGUGGGAUUCUUGGAAACAUAUUGGCAGGGGGGAAUCCGCAGGCAAUUGUGAUAACGCCCACGAGGGAGUUGAGCAUGCAGGUGACUAGUGUAAUAUCACAGGUUGCGGGGUCGCUUGGGGUCAAGGUGUUUUCAGCACUGAAGAAUAAGAUAACUGAGGCGAUUAAUGAGGAGAUUAUUGUUGGAAGCCCAGGAACAAUACUGAAGCUGAUUGAGAAUGGAAAGCUCAACUACAAGGGAAUAAAGAUGAUUGUCCUUGACGAGGCUGAUGUGCUUCUUGACAAGGACAUGAUGGGGACACAAACAUUUCGAAUACUGAAGCUGGUGGCAGGGGCGCAGGUAGUGUUUUUUUCGGCAACGUAUUCGGAGCAGGUGAAGCACACGAUUGACUUCUAUGUGCCUGAUGCAAUCAAGAUGUAUGAGGAGCGAAACGGAAAGCCUGAGGAGAUCAAGCUGUUUUAUAUAGAGGCUGAGGGAGACAACAAGAGGAAAGCAUUGAAAUCGCUGUAUGAGUAUCUUUCUGUCAGCCAGAUGAUUAUCUUUGUGAGCACAAAGGCAACUGUGAACUAUCUGAGGAAGAAGCUUGAGGAAGACCUGCACUCUGUUUCGUGCCUGCACGGAGAUUUGGAAAUAGAAGAGAGGGAAAAGGCUGUUGAUGAGUUUAGAAGGUCGAACACCAAGAUCCUGCUGACCACGGAUGUUUUUUCAAGAGGGAUGGACAUUCCGCAGGUGAAUCUGAUUGUGAAUUAUGAUCUUCCCAUAUACAAAGGGAUUGCAUCUACACAGACAUACAUCCACAGAAUAGGACGAUCUGGAAGGUUUGGAAGGACGGGGUUUGUUGUUGACUUUGUAAAGGGAGAUGAAUGUGAGGCAUAUCUGGGGUUCCAGAAUGAGUUGAAGUUUGCAUCGAAGAAGUUUACGAUUAAGGCGCUUGAGGAGGCAGCAGAGGAGAUGGUAUAG